UUCCCUGCAUUGAAGGAGCAGCCAUAAUGCCUGUUGGUGAAUUCUGGCUGUGUUUACCAGCUUUUCAUAGUAGACCCUGGGUGCAGAAUGUCAGGGUGGCACAGACUUGUCCCCACUGCUGCUGGUUUCCAGGUGUCCUCCCUUCAGUACCUCAGCCACAGUGUGCAUCUGGUGUGCUGCUGAGGGGGAUCCCCCGGGCUGUGCUUCCUCCUCCACAUUCCUCCACAGCACCCCCUUCCACAGCCCAGAUACCAGCACCUCCUUCCACAUCCCAGACUUCCCGCUCUACUGACUCCAGCAUCCGCCUUCCAUCCUCUACACCUGAUUGUAGGCAGGAGAAAAAUGUACAAUCUGGGCUGCCUUAUCAGGACAGUCAACGUCAGAAGCUGCUAACAAUGAAUGGCUCUGAAGAUCUCCCAGAGUCUUAUGACUUUGACCUUAUUAUCAUCGGAGGAGGCUCAGGAGGACUGGCAGCAGCUAAGGAGGCAGCCAAGUAUGACAAGAAAGUAAUGGUCCUUGAUUUUGUCACCCCGACUCCUCUGGGAACUAGAUGGGGUCUGGGAGGAACAUGUGUGAAUGUGGGUUGCAUACCUAAAAAGCUGAUGCACCAAGCAGCUUUGUUAGGACAAGCCCUGAAGGAUUCCCGCAACUACGGGUGGAAAGUCGACGACACAGUUAAACAUGACUGGGAGAAAAUGACAGAAGCUGUUCAGAAUCAUAUUGGCUCGCUGAACUGGGGCUACCGAGUAGCCCUCCGGGAGAAAAAAGUUGUCUAUGAGAAUGCUUAUGGGAAGUUUAUUGGUCCCCAUAGGAUUAAGGCAACAAAUAAUAAAGGCAAAGAAAAAAUUUAUUCAGCGGAGCGAUUUCUCAUUGCCACUGGCGAAAGGCCACGUUACCUGGGCAUCCCCGGAGACAAAGAGUACUGCAUCAGCAGUGAUGAUCUUUUCUCCCUGCCUUACUGCCCGGGUAAGACUCUGGUGGUUGGAGCUUCCUAUGUUGCUUUGGAAUGUGCUGGAUUCCUUGCUGGAAUUGGUUUAGAUGUCACUGUUAUGGUUCGGUCCAUUCUCCUUCGAGGAUUUGACCAGGAUAUGGCCAACAAAAUUGGUGAACACAUGGAAGAGCAUGGCAUCAAGUUUAUAAGACAGUUUGUUCCAAUUAAAGUGGAGCAAAUUGAAGCAGGGACACCAGGCCGACUCCGGGUAGUAGCUCAGUCUACCAGUGGUAAGGAACUCAUCGAGGGAGAGUAUAAUACGGUGUUGCUGGCAGUAGGAAGGGAUUCUUGUACAAGAAAUAUUGGUUUGGAAACGGUGGGCGUGAGUAUCAAUGAAAAGAGUGGAAAAAUACCCGUCACAGAUGAAGAACAGACCAAUGUGCCUUACAUCUAUGCCAUUGGUGACAUACUGGAGGGGAAGCUGGAGCUCACGCCUGUCGCUAUCCAGGCAGGAAAAUUACUGGCUCAGCGGCUCUAUGCUGGCUCCACUGUCAAAUGUGACUAUGAAAAUGUUCCAACAACUGUAUUUACUCCCUUGGAGUAUGGGUGUUGUGGACUUUCUGAAGAGAAAGCGGUGGAGAAAUUUGGGGAAGAAAAUAUUGAAGUUUACCAUAGUUUCUUCUGGCCACUAGAAUGGACAGUUCCAUCAAGAGAUAACAACAAAUGUUAUGCAAAAAUAGUCUGUAACCUUAAAGACAACGAACGUGUCGUGGGCUUUCAUGUUCUGGGUCCCAAUGCUGGAGAAGUGACCCAGGGCUUUGCAGCUGCACUCAAGUGUGGACUGACCAAACAGCAGCUGGACAGCACGAUUGGAAUCCACCCUGUCUGUGCAGAGGUAUUCACCACGCUGUCGGUGACCAAGCGCUCCGGGGGAGACAUCCUGCAGGCCGGCUGCUGAGGUUAAGCCCCAGUGUUGACGCUCUUGCCAAGACUGCGAACCACUGGCUUGUUUCCUUGCCCACAGCCAGGCAAAAUUAGCAAGGCUCCUACUCUCGGUGCCUGUUCUUGGUGCCCUGGGAUCUCGUGGGCAGGAGGUGGGGAGUGGAAGGCAAGCAGCGUCUCACUGGGGUCUCCAUACUGAACUCAAGCUGGCUCUGGCAGUGCAUCGGAGAGGUGCGUCCAUGAAGUCACCGGCCUCAAGCCCAAGUGGUAGGCGGUGAUGGAACAGCUGCUGGAUCAGCUCAGCCUGACCUCUUUUUGUCAGUUUCUUACUCUUGUUCUCCAGCUAUCUAAUGUCAAGUCUAGUUUUCUUGUUUUCCAUGGGGUUAGUAGUACUAGAGAUGGGAAAUGUUAGCAAUCACUUUUGUCCAAAAGCAAGUCAUGUCUAGACUACUCAGAUCCAGUCUUACUGCAUGGAAGGGGAGAUGAGUUGGCUCACGAAAGCCACAUUGUUUGUCCCCUGAAAGAAAAGCUACCCUAUGACUAAAAUGUACUGCUCUGUUUACUGGCCUGUUUAGCCCUGUCUUUUUCCAUAAGUAAUAUGUCCAAAGCAAGUAAAACCAUGAUUCACUCUUGCCAAUUUUCCUUCUGUGCUACAGCACUGCUUAGAAAGGGAAAUGUCUGCGUGGCCAGCUACCUGAGGAAUACUGCACCGCGUGGAUGUGGUGUAGCAUAGAUUAGCAUCUAGAUGCAGACAGACACCAGUGGAAAGCAGAAAAUGGCUCACUUGAUUUAGUUUAUUGUCUGGCCUUCGUGAGCUGGGAUUAUUUGUGAUGGAAGACAUUUAAAUGGCUUAAGCGUCUUGUUUUGGUUUGGUUUGGUACCUUUGGCUUUAAGCUGAAAUACCAGACGGGCACAGCUUGCUUUUGUGUGUGUGUUCUGCUGUGUUCCUACUAUGUUCAUAGGAAAGUAGGACUUUCCACAUGUAUGAUUUAAAUCGUUUAUGGUAAUUGCUUCUUAAAGGAACUUGUUCAUGUCAUAAGUUAUUGUUUUUGAACACAGGUGGAUGUGAAGGAUUUUCAUUUAAAAACCAAGAGGUUUGACUUUUCUGUUUAACGAGCCUGGUGGGAUUUUGGCAGAAGUGCUUGCACUCUGUUAGCCCUCCAGUGUGGCAUCGUCCUGCCCAGGCUGUGUGUGUGACGGCACACUCGCUGAAGACUGGGUGUAGACCAUCUUGCCACACUCUGCUCGUCAGGCCUCCUGCCACCAUAUCUUACAGCUCCUGUUUCAUCCCCCCACACACCGGAUUUCCUACCUGCAGUACUGAGUAAAGUACGUUUCUGGGCCACCUCAGGGAACCUGUGUCUGCUGGUGGUCAGUCAGCGGAGCACCUACCUGCCCCACAGGGUGCUCGUAUGAAGACAGGGGGAAAGGGGAGGGGGACGAAGGGGAUGACUAUGUUCAGUUUUAUUUAUUUAUUUUAUAAUUUUUUUUUCUCCCAGCUCUGCCAGCUUAUAAAGAAUUGAACAGUAGGCUGACAGUGUGAGAUAAUUGUGCCUAAUCAUGUGAUUCUCAGUGGAACAGAAUGUUCUGCCCCCACAGGAAGGAUGAUAUUCCAUAGACUUGUCUUGUUUAGAUUCUGUAAUUGCCCAAUGUACUGUAACUCAUAUUUCAAUUCCAUAUAUUUUUGUUACAAAUUUUCUGAGAAAAAUGUGAAACAUUAAAAGGUGUUGAUGCCA